GUAGCCCUGCAGCACUUUGUCAGCUGCGUGUGGACGAUGAGAUCAUUGCUAUCAACGGCACAAAGGUCUCAUGUAUGGACUACAGUCAGUGGGAGGAAGCCAUCGACAGAGCACUAGAAACUGGAAACCUGGUUCUGGAUGUCAGACGAUAUGGGAAGAAUGACUGGGGCAAAGACCAGCCUUCCCUGCCACAUGUAAAGCAUAAAAUCCUCAAUCUCACCAGUAUGGCUACCAACAUUAUAGGUACAUCUGAAAAUAAAUGGAUUGACGCAACUUCUGGAGAACACGUUUCAAAUGUUUCUGCUGCAUCAACAAAAAGAGAUUUCUCCAGCAGCCUUCAGAGUUCUGAUACAGAAACAAAAUUGAUAAACGGAAUGCAAGGAGAUCUUGGCUCUAAUGAACAAAGAGCAUCUGAACCUAUUUCUUUGAAAAACCUAAAAAGACGAUCACAAUUUUUUGAGCAAGGGGGCCCAGAGCCUGCAAUGCCUGAUCUCCCAGUCCCAUCCAUUAGUGCUCCUAGUCGUCGGGUUUGGGAUCAAGAGGAAGAACGAAAGCGACAGGAAAAAUGGCAAAAGGAGCAGGACCGUUUAUUGCAGGAGAAAUACAAACGGGAACAAGAAAAGCUAAGGGAAGAAUGGCUACGAGCUAAGCAAGAAGCAGAAAAAGAGAGCUCCAAGUAUUUUGAUGAGGAGCAAACUGCCCUAACCUUGAACGCGACGUCUGUCCCGGCACGGGCUCCAUCUGUGUCCAGCUGGAGAGCAAGCCCUGAAGUGACUGUUCCUGAGCAGGCAGAAGACGGAGGAAGUGAGCUGGCGGCGCGCUUGCUGCACGAGGAAGAAGAGGGGAGGAGGCUUCAGGAGGAACAGAGGGUCCAGGAAGAAGCAGCCCAGCGUUUUGAGCAAGAAAGGGAACUCCACGAGCUGGAACUUGAGAGACAGCGUGAAGAGAGGGAGCAGCAGCAUGCUGAGGAGCAGCGGCGGCUGGCUGAGCUGGAGGAGCAGAGGCGGCAGGCUGAAAGGCAGAGGGAGGUGUCGGUGGAAGCACCUCAGUACCAAAGACAUUAUGAGCGCUACGAAGUAUCUAAAACAAUAGAAGAGCGAGCUGGUCAUCCUCUCAUUGACAGACAUUAUGAGCGUUAUGAAGUUUCCAAAACCACUGAGGAACAGCCUGGCCAGUCAUUUGCUGACAGGAAUAAGUCCAAGUCAACUUCAGAACUGAAUGAAUUCAACACAAUCAGAAAUGGUACCCAGAGCAAGUAUUCAGAAAGGUCCUGGCACACAAGUGAGUCACAAAAGAAGUCUCAGAAGGAGCACAACAUGUCUGCAGCAGAGUUGGAGAGACAGCAAAUCCUUCAGGAAAUGAGAAAGAAAACAUCUCUGCACACAGACAGCAGCUGGAUUAGGCAGCGCAGUUCCAGUAUACAUAAGGAGCCUGUUAGCCUCUAUGGCAACAGUAUGAGGAGAGGGGAGUCCUUGGACAAUCUUGAUUCUUCAAGAACAAGCUCAUGGAGGCAUCACUCGUGGCUGAAUCAGUCUGCCUCCUCUUCAUCUCUGUCCUCUAGUCAAGAUUUCAGUCGCCCGGUGUCCACUUCCAACCGAGCCUACAUGUGCACUCCUUCCUCCAGCAAAGCACCUCCCCUGGCCACCUCUGCGAGAGCCCCCUCUGUGUCCCAGCCAGUCCCCCGGGCCCAGUCUCCCCUCUCUGCUUCCCAGCCAGGGUCCCAGGCACGCAGCAGGUCAGUCAGUGGGAAGAAAAUCUGUUCGUACUGUAAUAGCGUUCUGGGCAAAGGAGCAGCCAUGAUCAUUGAAUCUCUUGGUCUUUGUUAUCAUUUACAGUGCUUUAAGUGCGUUGCCUGUGGGUGCGACCUUGGGGGAUCCCGCUCCGGAGCCGAAGUUAGGAUCCGAAACAACAAACUCUUCUGCAACGACUGCUAUAUCAGAUUUAAAACUGGACAACCAACCUCCAUGUGAAGCAAAUGAAGAUAUGAAACCACUGUUGCAGAUAAAAGAAGAGGUGAUUGCUGCUGAUGUAGAUCUAUAAAUAUAUAUAUUGUGUGUGUGUGUUUUUUCUAAGAGUAACUCUUGCUUGUCUAGUCUUCAUAGCAACUCAUUGUAUUCUUCAUAUAACUUUAUUUAUAAGAAAGUAACUGCAGUAAGGAAAUAUCUGGGGAAAAUGCUUUCACUUUUUCACCUUCAAGUACUGAGAGCACAAGGGAGAAUAAGUAUAUUUUCAGUAAUAACUUCAAAAUAUUUUUGAGGCUUAUAAUCAACUAGUUGACUUUCCAGUAGUUUAUGAAGAGGGUAUUUCGUUUCUAAGCUCUUGGAUGAGCGUUAGAGAAAUAGCUAAUAUAAAUAUAUAUUUGCAAUUGCUGUCUUUAUUUUUGACAUAUACUGAAAGUGAAUUCUCUAGGUUAAUAUGAAGCUGCAUUUAAAUGCACACAAAUGUGUUUGCUUUCCAUAUACUGGUUUCUGAAAUUAUGUGCUUUUUUGAAACUUCAAUACAAAGAAUAAUCUGUUUUCUCAGUGGGGUUGGCAUAAUAUUCUGUGGAAUCCAUUUAAGGGGAAGAGUUCUCUGUUCCCCAUUGGAAAAUGUAACUAUCACUUUUUCCUCCACAAACUGAGCGGAGAAUGGUUGUUGAAUUACAGUAUAUUUGUAAAUAAAAUUUCUGAUGUUGCAUUUA